UUUUUGCAGCCCGUUCGUCACUCACACUCGCUCAGCACAGAUUCAGAGGUGGAGAGCAAAGGGGGGGAGGGAAGGGAAACAGAUUUUUCUUCCUCUCUCGCCAAGAAAGAGACACAAACAAGAAAAAAAGAAGGUAAAAAUAUAGUGUUUAUCUUGAAGGGAGGGGUUGCUCUCAUCAGCGUUGCCUUCUGCACGUGCUCAGCUUUGCACAACUGUGUUUCCAGAUGGAGAGGAUGCAGGGAGAGGGCGACCCCCUGGAGAGACCAAUCCCACUGACCGACAAGGAGAGGCUGAUGGUCCAGGACUCCUGGGCAAAAGUCUACCAGAACUGUGAUGAUGUUGGGGUGGCCAUACUAGUCAGGCUGUUCGUGAACUUCCCCUCGUCCAAGCAGUUCUUCAGCCAGUUCAAGAACAUCGAGGAGCCGGAGGAGCUGGAGAGGAGCAGCCAGCUGAGGAAGCACGCUGGCAGAGUCAUGAGCGCCCUCAACACGCUGGUGGAGAGCCUCGACAACUCAGACAAGGUGGCCUCGGUGCUCAAGCUGGUGGGCAAGGCGCACGCCGUGCGGCACAAGGUGGAGCCUGUGUACUUUAAGAUCCUGAGUGGCGUGAUACUGGAGGUCCUGGGAGAAGAGUUUCCAGCGGUGGUGACGCCGGAGGUGGCCGUGGCGUGGACCAAACUCUUUGCCACAAUCUACUGCAGCAUCACAGCCGUCUAUGAGGAAGUGGGCUGGACGAAGCUGUCAACCUCAACCGGGUGAAGAUUUUAGUCUGGGUUUAUUGAACCAUGAGAGACUUUUAAUGUUUGGCCAAUGGCCUCAUAAGAGAGGGAUUAAUCAACUGUACUGAAUGACGGGAAGCAAUGUAUGUGGGGACCAAUACGAGGAAUACUGUUUAAUGUAGUCUUAGAUAUUCGUGGGCCAUGGGACAUGUACUCUAAAUAUAAACAUGCACUGGAUGGUAUGGAUGGCUAACUGUGUGUGUGUGUGUGUGUGUGUGUGUGUGUGUGUGUGUGUGUGAGAGAGAGAGCGAGGGAGAGCGAAAGGAAAGAAACUGCAAACCUAACAGUGGACAAGAGGUCACAUUUGACUUGGAUGUGCCUUUUACCGAAUGUGUAAAUCUUAAAAAAAAAUCAGCAACAAAACACUGCUGCGUUUAUACGGUUCUUUCUAAAUAUCAUGUGAUGUUUCCCUUUAUCAGCCUGGGCCCACUUGUGUUCGCUUUAUGGGAUAGUCAGAGGACAUUUUUACAUUUUCUAACAGUUAAUUGUGAUGGUUGUAAUUUUUUUUCAUUAUGACUCACCUUUCUAUCUGUAUUCAACACAACUUUGAA